AUGGAUGCUGAUGACGAUUUCUACAGCGGCACCGAAUACGCGGAAAACGAUUCCGAUUACGCCGACAGCAUUGACGCCGAUUACGAGUUCGUCGAUGACGACGUUGAUGAUUCCGAUGACCUCAUCUUCCGCCGCCGCCAGCAAAAUUAUAGUGUGCUAAGCGAGGCAGAUAUUUGUAAGCUUCAAGAAGAUGACAUUUCAAGGAUUUCUACUGUAUUAUCGAUUUCAAGGAUCUCAUCUGCAAUCCUGCUUCGUCACUACAACUGGUGUGUGAGCAGAGUACAUGAUGAAUGGUUUGCUGAUGAGGAAAAGGUCAGAGAUGCUGUUGGCUUGUUAGAGAAACCUCUUGUUGAUUUUCCUACUCAUGGACAACUUAAUUGUGGAAUUUGUUUCGAGACUUUCCUAUCUGAUAAACUGCAUGCUGCUGCUUGUGGUCAUCCGUUUUGCGAGUCAUGCUGGGAAGGUUAUAUCUCGACCGCGAUUAAUGAUGGUCCGGGGUGUCUAAUGUUACGAUGUCCAGAUCCUUCUUGCAAAGCUGCUAUAGGUCAGGAUAUGAUCAAUUUGUUAGCUCCUGAUAAAGAUAGGCACAAGUACACUAGCUAUUUUGUAAGAUCAUAUGUUGAAGACAAUAGAAAGACCAAGUGGUGUCCUGCUCCAGGCUGUGAUUAUGCUGUAAACUUUGUUGUUGGGAGUGGUAAUUAUGAUGUGAAUUGUCGCUGUUGUUACAGUUUUUGCUGGAAUUGUGCUGAAGAAGCUCACCGUCCUGUAGAUUGUGACACAGUUUCUAAGUGGGUAUUGAAGAAUAGCGCUGAGUCUGAGAACAUGAAUUGGAUUUUGGCGAAUUCUAAGCCAUGUCCAAGGUGUAAACGUCCUAUAGAGAAAAACCAGGGUUGUAUGCAUAUUACAUGCACUCCACCAUGUAAAUUUGAGUUCUGCUGGCUAUGCCUUGGAGCAUGGACAGAGCAUGGUGAGAAGACAGGUGGAUUUUAUGCUUGUAAUCGUUACGAAGCAGCAAAGCAAGAUGGCAUUUUUGAUGAGACUGAGAAACGCCGAGAGAUGGCAAAGAACUCUCUUGAAAGAUAUACUCAUUACUAUGAAAGAUGGGCAACCAAUCAAUCGUCUAGGCAAAAGGCGCUGGAGGAUCUUAAGAAGAUGCAAACAGAUGAUAUUGAGAAGCUCAGUGACAUACAGUGUCAGCCUGAAUCACAAUUAAAGUUCAUUAUAGAAGCGUGGUUACAGAUAAUCGAAUGUAGACGAGUUUUAAAGUGGACAUACGCCUAUGGUUUUUACAUACCUGACCAUGAGAAUGGAAAGAGACAGUUUUUUGAGUAUUUACAAGGCGAAGCUGAGUCUGGUCUUGAACGACUUCAUCAAUGUGCUGAGAAAGAAUUGAAAGUGUACUCUGAAGCCAAAGGUCCAUCCGAAGAUUUCAACGAAUUCCGCACUAAACUCGCCGGUUUAACAAGUGUAACCAAGAACUAUUUUGAGAACUUAGUUCGAGCGUUGGAGAACGGGCUACCGGAUGUGAGCUCGGAUCGAUGCUCGAGUUUGAAGAGCUUAAGUGGGAAGAACAAAGGAUCAACUUCACGAGCUAGUAGCUCCGCCGACUCGAGCCAUUGGCCUUGUGAACGCUGCACUUAUGUGAAUAAAAUGUCGGCCACUAAUUGCGAAAUGUGUGAAAAUGGUCGAAGAGCUGUCCUCACUAUAAUGGAUUUCUCCCCUGAUAGCAAUUCUAGAUCAUCUGCUACACUAGCCGGAACCAUGUCUGGAUUAGCAUUAUUCGGGGUACAGACCUUUGAUUGUGUUGGGAGGGUUGGAGUUGAUUUAGGUAUGGUGGCAGGACUCCGGGAAGGAGGUUCUCUGAUUGAAAGGGUGCUAUUUCUUUUAUUCGAGUCUCUGAGUUUCUCCUUGCUUCCAUAUUAA